AUGACCUCGCCAUCAACACCACGAGCGGUCUCGCCGACCCCGUCACAACUGCCACCCGUGCCAUCCUCUCCGGGCGGAUACUCGAUUGCGUCGACGGCGAACCAACUAUCGACCUUUAGCCUGCCGCUGCCGCCGCCGCCACGACCGAGCCACACGGUGCUGACGGCGGGGGAUAUUGAGCGGUCGCAGGAGGCGUACGCGGGGCUGGUAUCGUCGGCCAAGGAGUACCGGCUCGCGCUGGCGGCUCUGGGAACGGCGGCGUCGGCGUUCGGAAGUGCUCUGGAGUCGUGCGCUCGCCUCAAGGAGGCGCGGGCUGAGCCCAUAGGAGCCAGCAGCAUCAGGCUCGGGUCGGGCAGCGGCGGCGGCGGCGGCGGUGGGGGCAGCAUCAACAUGACGGCCAGCUUCACCAACAAGGCGGCGGCCAAGCCGUGCACGGCCGACACGCUCAUGUCUGCGUCGGGCGUGCAGCACCUGGUGGCCAACCACCAGCAGAUCCUGUCGGAGACGGUGUACCGGUCAUUCGAGGUACCGCUGCUGGACGACCUAGACCGGUGGCGGGCCGUCAUGGAUGACGAGAAGGACCAGUACGAGCAGCGGGUUCGCGCACAGUCUAGGGAGAUUAAGCGGCUGGAGAAGGAGGGGCUGAAGCUGCACCGUCAGCGGCACCGGGAUGUCGGCCGCUUCAGGGCCCACCUCGUCGACCUGACGCACCGACUUGACGGGCUCACUGGCCUGCAUGCCGACUACUCCCGCACCCUGCUCCACGAGAGCCAGGAGACUAGCGCGCGAAUCGUCGAUGCCAGUUGCAGCCUCGUCCGUGCCGAGAUCGAUAUCUUUGAGAGCCUAGCCCGCAAGGGCUGGUCCGGCGGCGGCCUCGACGACAUCCUCGACAAGGGCCACGACCUUUUCGCCACAGACGACCUGGCCGUCAUGGACGACGACCUCGACCACCCGACCACCACCUUGGGCGGCGGCGGCGGGCCCUCGUCCUCGUCCUCUUCCAAGCUCUUCUCCAUCCUCCCCCCCCGCAGCAUCCUCGCCGACUCCACUGCCUCGUCCGACAGGCCGCGAUCCAACGCUGCUGUCGGCGCAGGCAGUGGCGGCAGUAAUACCGGCCAUCACACCCGUGGCGAUAGCUUUGACGCCGACCACCACCGCUACCAGCCCCUCACCGCCGUCGCUGAGUCCCAUGCCGCAGUCGGCGACGCCGACAGCGUCAUGUCUGCCGAGUUCAUCAAGCCUCGCAACGCCAGGCCCUUCUCCCCGCAGCCCAUCCGCCGCAAGCCCAUGGGUGUCACAAUCGACUCCCUCGCCGCCCUGACGUCGUCAACCUAUCAUAAUCCCCUCCCGUUCGGCGACGUCGACGACGACGACGAAAAUAAGGAGAAUAGCGCGAAGCUGGGAAAGGCGGCAGGUGAAAAAACCUCGGCGGAAACAAUACCAACACCACCGCAAAAACAGGAGGAAGGGGAGCCUAGCGAACAGCAGCAGCAGCAUGAAGAGAGUAAUACCAAUGAUAGCGGCGAUGCUGACGCAGAAGGGAGUGCGUCGCCAGACUCGCCCAGGGGCCGCAAGUCACCCGAAUUCAUCACCGAUGAGAGCUCGCCUGAAUCUCAUCACUAA